AUGUCGGGCACGUUCGCGAACAUGUCGGACAGCGAGUUCCGAGGGAUCGUGUUCGACGCGAUGAAGCACCCUCACAUCCAGUUCAUUCUGAAUGAAAUGAGUUUGAUGGGGUGCAAGGUCGACCGCCGGUUCGUGCACGUCGAGGACUGCGACGAGAAGGUCGGCGGCGGCUUCCGACCUCCAGACGGGAUCGUCCUGUGCAAGAACCGCCUACAGACGCGGUCGGAAGUGAAGAACACGCUGCAGCACGAGCUCAUCCACGCCUACGAUCACUGCCGCGCAAAGAACCUGGACUGGUCCGACUGCGAGAUGCAAGCGUGCUCCGAGAUCCGCGCCGCCGCGCUCUCGGGCGACUGCCAGUGGAAGUUCGAGUUCUUGCGGGGGAAGCUGUCGGGGCUGGGCGUCGUCGGGAACGGCGGGCACUUUCAGAAGUGUUUGCGGCGGCGCGCGGAGCUCUCUGUGUCCAUGAAGCCGCACUGCCGGGGCGCCCGGGCGCGCGACGCCGUGAGCGCGGUGUUCCCGGAGUGCUUCCGCGACACCGCGCCGUUCCCACCAGACAAGUACCCAUGA